UUCGUCCCUUCAUGAGCCCAGUCCUCGUUUACGCUAACGGACUUGUCACUUUACCUUUAUGUCAAUUCCAUUCGAUAGGGUGGCUUAUACUAUUGCAACAGCCUUAAUUAUAUAUGAAUAUUCCCUAUCUGUGUCGAGAGAACGUCGCGCAUUCUGGCGUAGACCAAUCAAGAUUUCUCCAAUUUUAUAUCUCGUUAUGCGAUAUGCAUCUCUCUUGUCCCGCAUACCUGUGCUUCUCGAAGGAGUCGCCCGAUUUAACCCUACGAGCAACGCGCUGCCUCGCUUCAGUGUGGAUAUACGAACUACUGUACUUCUCAACGCAGGUCACAGUUCUCUUGGUCUCUGCCCUGCGAAUAUAUGUCGUGUUUUCUCUAAACUUUCGUCUCUUUACCAUCAUUCUUAUACCUGGACUUCUGCUGCCUUGCGCUCACCUCUCUUACACGGCCAUCUCAACAAGGAUAUUGGUUCAUGAUACAACGGGCACGCUCAACUGUUUCUUUCUCGACACACAUGGCUCUGCCACAGGUGCAAAGGAAGUAGAAACCUCCUGCUUCACUGAGUUUGCCUGCGAUACUUUCGUCAUCAUCCUGUUAUGGACGAGGACAAUACAGAUCUAUAGAAUGAGUUCGGACGCAAGGUUGAAUUUGUCAUCGGUCGUCAGAGUGCUCUUACGGGAUGGAACGAUUUACUUCUUAGCAAUGGUGUGCCUGGGCAUACCCUUAUUGUUGUCGACCAAUCGCGAGCAGCCACUUUCACUACUUAGUGGAUUCGGAGCUGCUGCGCUCGACCUGUCGAUGGCGCUGAGAUCAAUACUUGUCUGUCGGUUCAUGCUCAACCUUCGAGAACAUCAUCAUGGGGAGCAACAACAAGAGAGUAAUACUGACAGGUCGGCUAUGCAAUUCGCUACGUACAUCAUGGGACCUCUUAGCGCUCCCAUAGUGCCUCCCAUACGAUCAGAGUCAUAUGCAAUGACACCGCUUUGAAUUUCAUCG